AUGGCACGGAUGAAAUUCCUCUGUGACGCCGAGCGCUGCAUCGAGUGCAACGCAUGCGUCACCGCCUGCAAGAACGAGCAUGAGGUGCCGUGGGGCAUCAAUCGCCGCCGGGUCGUCACCAUCAAUGACGGCAAGCCGGGCGAACGCUCCAUUUCGGUUGCCUGCAUGCACUGUUCCGACGCGCCCUGCAUGGCCGUCUGCCCGGUGGAUUGCUUCUACCAGACCGAGGAGGGCGUGGUCCUUCACUCCAAGGACCUUUGCAUCGGCUGCGGUUACUGUUUUUACGCGUGCCCCUUUGGCGCGCCGCAGUAUCCUCAGGCCGGCAACUUCGGUUCACGCGGCAAGAUGGACAAGUGCACCUUCUGCGCCGGUGGCCCGGAGGCCGACAACUCUUCGGCCGAAUACGCCAAGUACGGCCGUAACCGUCUCGCGGAGGGAAAGUUGCCGCUCUGUGCCGAGAUGUGCUCGACCAAGGCCCUUCUUGCCGGUGACGGCGACGUCGUGUCGUCGAUCUACCGCGAGCGCAUUGUUGCCCGCGGGUUCGGCUCGGGUGCCUGGGGCUGGGGCACUGCCUAUGAGCAGAAGGCCGGCCAGCAUGGCCGCAAGACAGGGAUGUCCGGGACGCCGGGCAUCCCUGUGGUGCAGGCAGGAUGGGGCGCCCUGGCCAUAUCGGCGAUCGUCCUGGCGCUGGUGCCGGGAUGUCGGGAGGACGAGCAGAACCGACCGUUGCAUCUUGAGAAAGGCGUCUACCAAGGCAAGGCGGAUCGACCGCUGACGGAUGAGGAACGCCGCGAACUGCGCCACCGCGGUCUGCGCCAGCAGUUCUGA